AUGUCAACAUUUAUAGAACCGGGAGGUACAAUAAAUUUUCAAAGAAAUAUUAAAAAUGUUUCCAUUGUUAAACCAAACAAUACUCAUGAAAGUUGUAAUUUACUUUUUAAAAAAAGAAUUAAAGAACCAUCUAAAUUAAUGAAUCAUCCAAGUUAUCUUGUUAGUUUGGAUCAUUAUGAAGAAAUGAUUAAAAUUAAUUCAAGAAUUCAUAUACACAAUAAUUUAUGUUGUUACAAAUUAUUUUAUAUUAAAUCAGUUGCUUAUUUUAUUGGAUAUUUAGAACUUUUGACUUUUGUUAUAUUAGCAUCAUACUACAUAACACAAUUGAUUGUUCAUGGUUUUACUUAUUCAUCACUAUUUUUAAUUCCAAUAUGUAUACUUCAACUAUGCUUAACAAUUAUCUUAUAUCAUGGUUUAAAAACUUAUAAUACAUUACUACUAAUAAUAAGUUUAAUAAGUUUUAUUGGACGUAUAAUAUUUUGUAUUAUAUAUCUUAUAACAUAUUUAUUUUUGAUAAAAUAUCAACAAUCAGAUGAUAUUAUAUCUGAUUCAGGAACAUUUAUGAUACGAAAUAUUCUAAUUGGUGUUUAUAAAGUUAUUUCAAUUAUCCCAUAA